CGUCAUAUAUCUGAUCAUGGUGUCACUGUUAAUAACUCGUAAAGCUUCUGUCAUACUGUAUAACGAAUCCCACACGCAUGUUCGAUUAUCACCAGAAUUCCCCCUUACUAUGGAGUAUGCAAGUGUGCUGUGGAGAUUGGAAGAAUCUAUUCUACUGAGAAACGUCGUCGUGUCCUCGAUUAUCCUGUCUUUGUUAUUACUGAUCUCUUACCACUUGUGGUAUCUCUACAAUGUCAGCUGUCGAGACCAGUCAUGCAAACUUCCACUUCCGCCUGGCACCAUGGGACUUCCGAUUAUAGGAGAAACGUUAAAUUUAUUACUAAUGGGUGCUCACUUUUACAAGAAACGCAUCAAAUCGUAUGGCAACGUCUUCAAAACGCAUCUCCUUGGCAACCCCACCAUUCGAGUAGUCGGCGCCAAAAACAUCCGCAAGAUCAUAUUGGGAGAAGGCACCCUGGUGACCGGAUACUGGCCGAAAAGCGUGCGCAUGCUCAUGGGAGAAGGCACGAUCACGCACUCUGUCGGAGAAAGCCACCGCACACGUCGCAAGGCCAUCCUGAAGGCGUUUAGCCACGACGCGCUAUCGUCGUACGUCCCGGCCAUACAGCGCAUCGUGAAGACAUACAUCGGGAACUGGUGUCGCCAAGGUUACGUGUUCGGAUUCCCCGAGUGUAAGAGCCUGACGUUCUCUCUCGCCAGUCAGGUGCUCGUGGGCUUCCACCUGACAGAGAACGAGCACAAGGAGCUGGUCCGCGUCUUCCAUCAAUACGUCAACUGCCUCUUCUCUCUGCCGGUUAAUGUCCCGGGGUCGGGACUGUACAGGGGUAUGCACGCAAGACACCGCCUGAUGCAGACGAUAGAGGAGUGCAUCAUGAAGAAGACUUCAUCCAAGGACGACCAGACGUGCGUGGACGUCGUCACACUGAUGAUGGCCAUGGUCGACAACGACGAACUCAGCCAGCAGGAGGUGAAGGACGUCGCCCUGGAGCUGCUGUUCGCAGGUCACGCCACGUGCGCCAGUGCGUCGUCGUCCAUGCUGCUGCAGUUGGCGAAGAACCAGCACGUGGUCGACAGGAUUCUAGAGGAGUUGGGGGAGCACGGACUGGAAGGGGACGAGGACGAAGGAGAGUCUCUGACGUAUGAGGCUAUCGGGAAGCUCAAGUAUCUGUCGCACGUUGUUAAGGAAGUGCUCAGAGUGUCGCCGCCUAUCGGAGCGGGCUUCAGGAAGGCGCUUCAGACGUUUGAAGUCGAUGGUUUCCAGAUUCCAAAAGGCUGGACAGUGGUAUUCAGUAUUCGAGAAACUCAGGAGAACGCAGACUUGUUCAACAACGGCCAACAGUUCGACCCGGACAGAUGGGAGACAAUCAAAGACGAACGUUUUAAUUAUCUCCCUUUUGGCGGAGGGCGUCGCUCGUGUCCCGGACAAGAAUUUGCAAAACUCGUGCUCAAGAUUUUUGCUAUAGAACUUUCAAGAAACUGUACUUGGAAACUGUUGAACGAAUCGGCGCAAAUGCGAUACAUGCCAGUGCCACACCCAGUGGACGGCCUGCCCGUAGAAUUUUCACAGCUUACGACAAAAACAAAUCGAACACGCGCCUCAACGGUGUGAUAUAUAUGGAUGAGCGAUUAAACUCAAUAAGGCGUGAUAUUUUUAGUGUGUCGAAAUAUAUGAAAUGUGAAGAAGCAUAGCAAAGAGUUUUUAGACUGAAUCGUAUGCCAAAGAUAUAAUUUUUAUAUUUCUUUUUCUUGUUAUUGCCUUGAUCAUUUGUUGUUUGGCAUAGUUGCCGACCUCGUGUGCGGCGUUAUGUACACUCGUAUGUCUUAGUUAUCUAUGAUUAUUGGCAGCUAAGAUUAUUAAAGCCGCAGAUACUAGUUUCAACCCGUUAAACUGGACACUACGUUUGGCUAAUCAAACAAGUAAUCAAAUAGAGUGAAACAAUAGUCUGUGACGCUGAAUUAGGGAAAAUAGCAUCUGAAAUAAGACUACAGCUCAUCUCCUUAAUCGUUACUUCUCAGACGUACAUGAGUUCUUAAAAUUAUUU